AUGUCUGAUCCGAAAAAGAGUAGAGUAUCUAUGAUGCUAUCAGGUCAAUUGGAAAAUAUUAGCAGUACUAUGACAGCAUCAAAUAAAAAGAGUACCAGUAGAGUGCGCAUGAGAAGACAGUCUUUCGGUUUUAGUGGAGUGGGCGGCAUUGGCCGAGUAGCUGAAAGAUCAUCUAUGUUUGCACCCGAAUUCAAGCGACCUGCUUUAAUAUACUUGAACACAUAUCAACUAGAGCCUCUUGUGAAAUUUCAUUCACCAUCAGUAAAAAAGGCUGCAGAACGGAUAUUGGAUGAAUUAUUUGGCGACCAUAAAUACAGUCAACACGAAUCACCAAAAACUGCUCUGCGCAUAUCGGGCGAACUAAUGAAGGCAGUCAAAGCGAUGGGUUUUAACCGUUACCGUAUUAUAUCCGUCGUUACAAUAGCACAAAAAAGAGCACAGAGCUACAAUAAUGCCAUCAGUUUCCUAUGGGACCAUGAAAGAGACAAUUACAUAAAUACAAGCAGAGAAACUCCGACUGCUUUUGUACAGGUCACCCUUUUUGUAGUUUAUCUUGAUUAA